UCCCCAGUUGGCCCCAACGGCCGGAGCUGUGCCAAUCUAAUCCCAGGACCCAGGAGCUUCCUCCAGGUCUUACCAUGUGGGUGCAGGAGCCCAAGGACUUAGGCCAUCGUCCACUGCUUUCCUGGGCCAUAGCAGAGAGCUGGGUUGGAAGUGAAGCAGCCAGGACUCGAACCAGCGCCCAUAUGGGAUGCCACUGCAGGCGGCGGCUUUACCUGCUACCCCACAGCACCGGCCACAGAAUAACUGUGUCUUCUGACAAACCAGUAUUCUUUCCUGAUUCGGAAUACCAUGUCUUCCCUCUUAGUUGUUUUCCCUCUUGCGUGUCCCGUCGCCCAGGAGGCCCAGCGAGUCCCUUGGCUACAGUGGAGGCUGUGCUUGCCUGAAGGGCUGAGGGAGGCAGUUGCUGCUCUCUUGCAGGCCCGGCUGUGUGUAGACCUUAAGCGAUACCAGUAGGAAGGCUUUGCCUCCUUCCACUCCCCUCAUGCUCCAGCAGAUCCCGACUCCUUUUCAGCAUCGCUGUCAGCCUGUUUGGGUGCCCGUGCACCUCUGUAUUGACCAGUGGCUUUAGAGAUGGACUACUUACUGGUCAGCCCAAGUACACUCUGCUGUACUGGGGGGAGGGACUCCUGACUGACAGCACAUGAGUUGUGGUGGGGCAGGCAAAAACAGGUGUCUGAAUUCUCCUGCCUGAGGGCCCGCUGUGUGCUCUGGGUGCGGUGGGUUGUUGUUGAAGGGAAGGGAGAGAGGUGUCGUGCUCCCUCUGUCCCUGGCAGUGUCGGGGCUCUGAGAGGCAGAGGUGCUGUUCUCUGACGUUGGUGUCCCCCUUUUUAUGCCCUGAGCUGAAGGGAGCUCUCCAUCAGAACAAUGAUGCUGGUGUGCUAACAUUGGCCACCGGGUGCCCCAGGGGGCUGUGGAGAAAAGGCGAGCUCCGGGGGAGCCCGCGCGCUGUGUCCUGCGCAGCCCGUGUCCAGCACAGCCUUUGCCGUACUGUAAGGCGUCUCUUCUUGAGAGUAAUAGUGGGAAUGUUUUCCUGUUAGCUCUUCGCAUUCAGAAAUGAGGAAAGCAGCCUUACUUUCAGGCAGAAGCACUUUUCUGUUUUGUUCCUACUCUGUGCACAAGUAUGGGCCCCUUGUCCAGAUUUCUGAUUCAGAAGGGGUUGGGGAGGAGGCAGGAAUAACUCUUGCAGGCAUUUUAAAAGAAAAAUCAAAUGGAUGACAUUAAUGAACCUUGGAGCCAGGUAUUGAUGUGAAUUUGUAACUCUUGGGAACAGCCGGAGGCCCUUGCGAGAGUUCUGGGCUUGUCACUCAGAUAAUCCCAGCGAGGACAGGGUGGAGUGUGGCGGAGACUUGCUUCCAAGGAAUUGUCUGGCUUGUUGCAGCAUAGAAAUGCCUGGGCACUGCCCUUCAGGACCGGCAUGGUCAGCCGUCUGGGAGGUGCUGCGUGGCCGAGGAGGCGGCUGGGGGGGAGCUUCCUUUGCUCUGUUCCUGUGCUGUCUGCUAGGAAGAGUGUGUCAUUGAAAGCCCGCAGCCAGAGAAGUGUGUGUGAGUGCUUCACGCUGAGGAGGCAAAGACAAGCUCCAGACGCACAGUCUUGGUUAGAAAAAGCUCCCGUAAGCAAGUCAGUGAGGGCGCCUCCGUCUGGGGAGAGGGGCAGAUUACAGAAUUCCCAGAUCAUUAGAAAUGUCAGGGAUACGCUUACAGUCGUAGGACUGCUACACCUUUCAGUUAAAACGUGAGCAUGGGUUCUUCCUAGUUACUAAGCAUAGAAGAAAAAUAACCUUUCAUACAGCAUUUUCCAAUAAGCAGUAAUGCUGAUUUGGUUAAUGAGCCUUUUUAAUUCAGUCUAGAUAAGUAAACUCGGAAGUCGACCCUGUGCCACUUCUAAAGUGCACACUUCCUGUGCCGAGCUCCUGAGGAGCACAGUUCCUUCUCCGGAACUGCGCUUGGCUCGGGGCUCCCCCAGGCGCUGAGGUGUGCUCCACCGGGGUCCUAGAAUGGCCGUGGGCCGUGGGCCGGCACUGAGAGUGGGCUCUCCUCCCCCCGAGCUACAGGGACGGCUGGUGGCCACACUUCCACACCUGUGUGCCUUAGUUCUGCUGGGCGGGCAGGGAAACCCGUCCCGCUGCUUCCGCAGGGAGGCGGGUUUACCUCGGGACGUUCCUGAAUGGCUGGGUUUCGGCCCACAGAGAGGUUUGAAGUGAAGAGAGACGGAAAAUGGACUCCUCAGACUUGAGAGACUGUGCUCAGAAUCAGCCUGGAGGAUGCCUCUGUGUUUCUAGUCUUUUUUUUAAUCAGACAGUUCUGAAAAAGACCGAGUUUGUGUCAACAACUGAUUGGAAAAAAAAAAAAAAAGUCUUGUUUUAAACCACUGAAAAGAUGGUUUAGGACAGUUUAGCAGUAAAACGUGCGUGAAGAAUGGCUUGGCUUUCAGUGCAGGAGUCUGGGGAGCGGGGUGUGCCAGCCGUGUGCAGAGCAGGGCCACCUGCAGCGCUGCUUCAGAGCUCACAGAAGUCCAGCCUGAGCGGAGGCCAGGGAGCUCGCUCUCGGCUGCGCGGUCCCAGUCAGAUGGCUCCCUCCCUCAGGACACUGGGGGCUUCUGAGAGCUGAAACCCCCAGCUGAGCAUUGCUGGGAACCGCUGUUUGUUUUGGUGCGUGGGACUCUUUUUUCUGUUUUUUCAUUUUUCAUUAGUUAACAUUAAUUUUUAGAUUAGGAUAAUAAGUGAGACAAUAUUCCAUUUGGGUUAGUUAAGUUGCAGGUAAAACUGGUAGUAGUAACAACCUGAACUAGUUGGCAGAUAAGAUUUGCAUAUAUUAAAUUUUAAUUCCUGGUUGCUUUGGAUUUUGUUUUUGCUGUUUUGAAUUUUAGAGCUACUUUAUUCUGCAAAGCUAUUUUGAAUUUGGACUAUUAAAUUGAAGACAUUCUGAAGCACAUUUUACAGAAGGAUUUAGGGGCACAUUGGAAGGCAUACAAAUUCUCAGUUGCCCAAAACAUUCGUUUUGUCUUCUUGCUAAAUACAGCCCUUGGUUUUAAAGAACUUGGGGAAGUGGAUCUGAGUUUGAUUUUAAUGUGUUAACUCAUUACAGUUGUUCCAUUCCCAUACGCACGCAUGGGCUGUUUAGUUUUCCGAUGGAUGUCCUGAAGCCCGUCAUGCCCAGUGCCCACCUUCUCCCCUCUCAGCAGUCAGUCCCAUCUGUGAGUCAGUUCGGUGUUGAGAUGUGCUGCCAGCUGUCGGGGAAACUAUGUUCCAACUUCCUGUCAACAAUCUUGGCAGUUUAAGAAAAGCCCGGAAAACUGUGAAAAAAAUACUUAGUGACAUUGGGUUGGAAUACUGUAAAGAACAUAUAGAAGAUUUUAAACAGUUUGAACCUAAUGAUUUUUAUUUGAAAAACACUACGUGGGAGGAUGUAGGACUGUGGGAUCCUUCGCUUACAAAGAACCAGGACUAUCGGACAAAACCUUUCUGCUGCAGUGCUUGCCCGUUUUCCUCAAAGUUCUUCUCUGCCUACAAAAGCCACUUCCGGAAUGUGCACAGCGAAGACUUUGAGAACAGGAUUCUCCUCAAUUGCCCCUACUGUACCUUCAAUGCCGACAAAAAGACUCUGGAAACACACAUCAAAAUAUUUCACGCGCCAAACGCCAGCGCACCAAGUAGCAGCCUCAGCACUUUCAAAGAUAAAAACAAAAAUGAUGGCCUUAAACCUAAGCAGGCUGACAGUGUAGAGCAGGCUGUUUAUUACUGUAAGAAGUGCACUUACCGAGACCCUCUGUACGAGGUCGUCAGGAAGCACAUAUACCGGGAACAUUUUCAGCACGUGGCAGCGCCCUACAUAGCCAAGGCAGGAGAAAAGUCGCUCAACGGCGCAGUGCCCCUCGGCGCGAGUGCCCGCGAGGAGUGCAGUAUCCACUGCAAGCGAUGCCUUUUCAUGCCGAAGUCCUACGAGGCUUUGGUGCAGCAUGUCAUCGAAGACCACGAGCGCAUAGGCUAUCAGGUCACUGCCAUGAUCGGACACACAAAUGUGGUGGUUCCCCGAGCUAAGCCCUUGAUGCUGAUCGCCCCCAAGCCUCAGGAGAAGAAGGGCAUGGGACUCCCCCCAAGAAUUGGUUCCCUUGCUUCUGGAAAUGUCCGGUCUUUACCAUCCCAGCAGAUGGUGAAUCGACUCUCAAUACCAAAGCCUAAUUUAAAUUCUACAGGAGUCAACAUGAUGUCUAACGUUCACCUGCAGCAGAACAACUAUGGGGUCAAGUCUGUAGGCCAGGGCUACGGCGUGGGUCAGUCGAUGAGGCUGGGUCUCGGUGGCAACGCGCCAGUGUCCAUCCCUCAGCAGUCCCAGUCUGUGAAGCAGUUACUUCCGAGUGGCAAUGGCAGGUCUUACGGGCUCGGGUCGGAGCAGAGGUCCCAGGCACCAGCACGCUACUCCCUGCAGCCCCCUAACGCCGCCGCCUCUCUCUCGUCGGGCCAGUUAAAGUCUCCCUCCCUCUCCCAGUCACAGGCCUCCCGAGUGUUAGGCCAGUCCAGCUCCAAGCCCCCUGCAGCUGCCACAGGCCCUCCUCCGGCCAACACGUCCUCAACUCAGAAGUGGAAAAUCUGCACCAUCUGCAACGAGCUCUUUCCCGAAAACGUCUACAGCGUGCACUUUGAGAAAGAGCACAAAGCCGAGAAAGUCCCCGCGGUGGCCAACUACAUCAUGAAAAUACACAACUUCACGAGCAAAUGCCUCUACUGCAACCGCUAUUUGCCCACAGAUACCUUGCUCAACCACAUGCUCAUCCACGGUCUGUCCUGCCCGUACUGCCGCUCGACUUUCAACGACGUGGAGAAGAUGGCGGCCCACAUGCGCAUGGUUCACAUCGACGAGGAGAUGGGGCCCAAGACAGAUUCUACUUUGAGCUUUGAUCUGACCUUACAGCAGGGCAGUCACACUAACAUCCACCUCCUGGUGACCACGUACAACCUGAGGGACGCCCCCGCCGAGUCUGUUGCUUACCACGCCCAGAAUAAUCCCCCAGUUCCUCCGAAGCCACAGCCGAAAGUCCAGGAGAAGGCAGACGUCCCUGUCAAAAGUUCGCCUCAAGCGGCAGUGCCCUACAAGAAGGAUGUUGGGAAAACCCUCUGCCCGCUCUGCUUCUCCAUCCUGAAAGGCCCCAUCUCUGACGCACUGGCACACCACCUGCGGGAGAGGCACCAGGUCAUCCAGACGGUUCACCCGGUGGAGAAGAAGCUCACCUACAAGUGCAUCCACUGCCUGGGCGUGUACACCAGCAACAUGACGGCCUCCACCAUCACUCUGCAUCUGGUUCACUGCAGGGGCGUCGGGAAGACCCAGAACGGCCAGGAUAAGACCAACGCACCCUCCCGGCUGAACCAGUCUCCCGGCCUGGCGCCCGUGAAGCGCACCUACGAGCAGGUGGAGUUUCCCUUGCUGAAGAAGCGCAAGUUGGAGGAGGAGAGCGAUUCGCCCAGCUUCUUUGAAGAGAAGCCGGAAGAGCCUGUUGUCUUAGCUUUAGACCCCAAGGGCCACGAAGAUGACUCCUACGAAGCCAGGAAGAGCUUCCUAACCAAGUAUUUCAACAAGCAGCCCUACCCCACGCGGAGGGAGAUUGAAAAGCUGGCGGCCAGUUUGUGGCUGUGGAAAAGCGACAUUGCCUCCCACUUCAGUAACAAGAGGAAGAAGUGUGUCCGUGAUUGUGAAAAGUACAAGCCCGGUGUGCUGCUGGGCUUCAACAUGAAAGAACUCAACAAAGUCAAACACGAGAUGGACUUUGACGCCGAGUGGCUGUUUGAGAACCACGAGGAGAAGGAUUCCCGAGUCGGCGCCAGCAAGACAGCCGAGAAGAAGCCCCGCCCCGGCAAGGACGACGACAGCUCCUCCGACAGCUUUGAGAACCUGGAGGAGGAGUCCAACGGCAGCGGCAGCCCGUUCGACCCCGUGUUUGACGUUGAGUCUAAAAUCCCCCACGAUAACCCAGAGGAGCAUGGACCGAAGGGGAUGCCGGAGGACGCUUUAGGAACGGAGGGGAAGCUGGACCAAAAAGAGCAGGGGGACUCCAAGUACGCAGCGCUUCACGGGACUGAGGCCCCGGCCAGACUCCCGCCCGAGGCUUCCGAUAGUGAGCUGGAGCAAGACGACGUCGUGCAGUGGAAACACGGAGCGUCUCCGUGUGAGAGCGGGCCUGGCUCCCAGCAGGGCUCGGACUCAGAGGACAACACGUGCGAAGGGAAGCCGGGAGCCUGGUCUGAUGAGUCUUCCCAGAGUGAAGAUGCGAGGAGCAGUAAGCCAGCUGCCAAAAAAAAGGCUCCCGUGCAUGGCGACAGAGAGCAGUUGGAAUGGAAGAAUAGUUCCUAUGGAAAAGUUGAAGGAUUUUGGUCCAAGGACCAGUCACAGUGGAAGAACACGGCCGAGAAUGAUGAGCGCUUAUCCAACCCCCAGAUCGAGUGGCAGAACAGCACAAUUGACAGUGAGGAUGGGGAGCAGUUUGACAACAUGGCUGACGGAGUAGCUGAGGCCAUGCACGGCAGCCUAACUGGCGUGGAACUGAGCAGCCAGCAGGCCUGAGCGCCGGGCUUCCUGGCGUCAUGGACGUGCCGCGGCUGGAACUCCGCGCUCCUCAGUACCGGGGCAAGGCUGCCACGUGAGUACUGGCCAGCAGGCUGUGGGGACGUGUGGCCACUGCGGUCUCAGUGGCUGUGUCUAAAUCUGACACGUGAGCGGCCGAGGAUGGCUUCGGAACCUUCUCUGACAGACACAGUAACUAAAUGUGAAAACCAGGAAGCUGGUGGCUCGCGCUGCACAGGAGGGAAAGCAGAGGUUGGUCCUGCUGCCUUCUCACAGUUCCCUGCCGCUGUCGAAUGGUUGGGGGUCCUUGAGAGGCAGCUCCCUGCCCACGUGGUAGUGCAGGGCCAGGGAGGCGCCGCCAGUGCAGUGGACAGCAGACCUGGGGAAGCCCGCUCUUUUUCAUGUAUUCAUUCUGAAUAGUUGCAAUGUAUAUUUGUACAGUCUUUUAGACCCACUCAAGUGAUGCAUAUGAUAUUGUUACGUGUGCCCAUCAGAGCUUUGUUUUUGUUUUUGUUUUUGUUUUUAGUGCCGCCCUUGCUGUGUAAUAAACGCUGUAUCUAGUUUCUCUAGCAAAAGCUUGAACCUGCGCUAGUAUGGACUUUGGACAGACUUAGUUUUUUGCACAUAACCUUGUACAAUCUUGCAACAGAGGCCAGCCACGUAAGAUAUAUAUCUGGACUCUCUUGUAUUAUAGGAUUUUUCUUGUUCUAAAUAUCCUUGACAUUACAGCUGGUAUUUCAGAUCUGUUUUCUGAAAUCUUUUAAGCUAAAAUCACAUGGAAGCAUUGACUUCGGCGACUAAUUUGGACACCUUUUAGAUCUGUAUAAAAGUGUGUUGUGUUGAAGCAGCAACCAAUGAGAGCUGCAUUUUGGAUAUUUAGUUUUAUCUUUAGUUAAACACCACUCUGGUGUAUUCAUUUAUACCAUCUAAUAUAUGACACACUGUUGUAGUAUGUAUAAUUUUGUGAUCUUUAUUUCCCUUUGUAUUCAUUUUAAGCAUCUAAAUAAAUUGCUGUAUUGUGCUUAAUGUAAACAUUCGCUUCAUUACACGUGAUGGCCCUGUGUCCAUCACGGCACGGAGGAAGCCUGUAGAAAACCAAGACCUGCCCUUUGUCUCGAGGCACCUGCUACAAAUUCUUUGGGGUUUGUAGGGUUUUUUUUCCC